AUGGACGUCCACAGAUGUCGAUUCGUAUCAUACAACCCGCAGGCAAUUAACGCGCUCGCAUUCUCCCAUCCUCCGUCUGCAGAAAUCUCCGGCAGAGGCGUGCCUACCCUUCGUCUUGCCAUCGGUCGUGCUAAUGGUGAUAUCGAAAUAUGGAACCCCCUCCGGGGAGCUUGGCUACAAGAAUCGAUUUUACGUGGAGGCAAGGACCGCAGCAUCGAAGGCGUUGUAUGGACUCAAGACCCCAGUGAGGAUGCGAUUGACAGCAAUGGAUUCAAAGCUCCUGGGAAGUUGCGGUUAUUCAGCAUUGGUUCCUCCAGUGUAGUGACAGAGUGGAACCUGGGAGAGGGCCAGCCGGCGAGACACUCGAGCGGAAACUUUGGCGAGAUCUGGUGUUUGGCUGCACAGCCCCGGUGGAAACCGACGAAGAAGGACAAGGAUGGAAAAUUCUUACCGCCUGCCGAGGGUGAGUAUACCGGACAGCAUUUGGCAGUAGGGUGUGCCGAUGGGUCGGUUGUUAUUUUGUCGACGGAAGACGGGGAUUUGAGAUAUCUGCGUUCCAUGAGGCCUUCAACUAAAAAGGCUCGAGUCCUUAGUAUUACGUUCCAGGAUCGCAAUACUGCCGUGGUUGGAUAUGCGGAUAGCUCUAUUCGAAUAUUCGAUAUCCGCAAUGGGAGGAUUUUGCGAACAGUUUCUAUGGGUAAGGGUCCUGUGAAGGGCUCUAAAGAGCUUCUGGUAUGGUGUGUGAAAUGUUUGCCGGACGGAACUAUCAUUUCUGGCGACUCUGCUGGUGAAAUACGAUUCUGGGACGCGAAAAACUACUCCCUUAUCCAACGCAUACAGGGCCACCAGGCGGAUGUGUUGGAUAUUGCUGUUAGUGCCGAUGGAGAAUCUCUCAUCAGCGGUGGUGCGGAUCAGAGGACGACUGUUUACAAGCUAGGGGGAAGCAAGAAGAACGAUAGAUCGAGACGAUGGAAAGAAAUAACUCAUCGUCGAUAUCAUACUCACGACAUCAAGGCUUUCGCUGUUUAUGAGACUAAGGAUAUAAGCAUUGUGGUAUCUGGAGGGUUGGACACAAUACCCGUCGUCGUUCCGCUGCGUGAGUAUGGAGCAGAACAUCACCGAAAACUAUCGAAUCUUCCCCAAAUCCCUCAGAUAGCCUCAUCGCCUUCGUCUCGCCUUCUUAUGAGCUGGUGGGAACGCGAAAUAAACAUAUGGUAUAUAUCUAAGCGCUCGGGGGCUGGUGAGCAACUGCUGGACGGGACCAGCCAUAAGCUCGUAGGCAAAGUGCUGUUCCAGGGUGAAGAAAGCCUCACCUCUGCGGCCUUGUCGUCAGAUGGGAAACUCCUCGUUGCGGCAACUAUAGCAGAAGUUAAGAUGUUCAGCCUAACGUGGCGAAAGGGAGACAGCAAGCCCGCACUACGCGUCCAAAAGAUCGAUCUUCCGCCUGCAGUGGCUAUCCACGGAGCUAAAUCUGUUACCUUCUCACCCAAUAGCCAAUGGAUCUGUCUAAUCCGCGCCAACAACGAUAUUAACCUUGCUAGAAUUGUUUCAAGUUCGAAUCCAAAGGAAAACCCGCAGAUCCUGUCACAGCUUAUAGAUUUAGACCGCAUUCCUCGGCAUAUUCGACAUAAAGAGAUCUACGGCACGCUUGGCCAGUAUGAACGGGGUAUUCGCUGUGUCGUAUUUUCCGAGGACAGUAGAAUUCUCGCCUGUGGGGACAUCGGAGGAUUUAUUGACUCGUGGAUAUUGGAGGAUGUGGUAGAAUCGAGAACCGACACAAGGGUGAAGGCGAACGGGCAAGCCUCUUCGGAUGAUGAAUUUUCAGAUGGCAAUGAUGCUCCCGUCGUCCUCGAGGGCCAGCGUUGGAUACAGACACCAUCAGAAUCGCCCAUCCCUCGCCUGAAAGCUGGAAUUUUAUUGCUGUCAUUCCGCCCGUCAAAUCUCUCCCGCAAGAAGGCCCUUACAAACGGCACCACCAAUUCGCAUUUUACGCGCCCGUCUUUGGCUGGUACCGAUCGUCUAAUGAUAUUAACCGCAGAUCACCAGCUGUCUGAAUUUGAGCUGUUGAAAGGGAAACUGUCUGAUUGGUCCCGAAGAAACCCCAAAGCAUACCUGCCAAACGAAUUCACCAUACUUAAGGAUCGAGCGAUGGGUGCUUUUUGGGAUAUCAAUCGGAGUCGGGAACGUUUUUGGUUGUACGGUCCUACAUGGAUGUGGAUGUUUAAUCUUUCGCAAGAUUUCCCCCCGCCAGAUGGAGCAGCGGAAAACAAGGAUUCCCCGGGAGCAGCGAAACAGAGAACGAACAAACGCAAACGGGAUGACGAAGAAGGGAAGCUGCCGAAGACCAACACUGGUGCUGGAGAUAGAAUGCCACUUUCGAAAUCCGAUGUAGUUAUGGGAAGGAAAAUACGCAAAAUUGUGGGUGAUGAAGAGGCAAAUGCGCAAUGGAUAGAUCUCAAACCGGAAAGAACCCGCGAUGAUGCGAUUGAAGAAGACGAAUAUGAACCGUGCAAUGACUCGUCGGCUGCAAGUGACUCCGCGCUAGCACGCCUUCGACGAGAACAGAGCUUCACCGAACCGGAAACGAGGGAGAGGGAAGGCGAAGACGGUGGCAGGGAUAAGGAGACCAACCAUCAAGGUCAAUAUCAUGCCAACGGUACGAGCACAACUUCCCCCUCCUCAUCCAUCAUUCCCAGCACGAAAUCGCAAAUAGCGUUUGCCGUCGUGAUCAUCAACGGACCACCCGUCGCCAAUGGCGACAACGCACUGCCGAAAGGAAAACAAGUGCAGAGCCAGAAAUCAAAAAUGGCUGUAGCUGUACCCGAAAAGCUUAAACGAGAAGAACAGGCCUCCGUUUCAAUCCAGAAUGCAACUGACGCAGAUUCUGUACCAGACCUUCAGGUUCAAGCGCAAGAGCCGUCGAAAAACUCACCGCGGGAACGUCGUUGGUGGCAUACCCACAAGUAUCGAGAUGUUCUCGGAAUAGUGCCCCUCGACCAGUUGGGCAGUGGAUCAGAUGCAGAACAGGAGCAGGGAAAGGACGGUUUUAACCUGGAAGUUGCUGUGGUGGAGCGGCCGAUGUGGGAUGUAGAUCUGCCUGGGCGGUAUGUGCGGGAUUACGAGUAG